AGCUUUGGAACAGCUGUUGGCCGGCGAUAACUUUUAGUGAUUAUAUAUAUAGUUGUCGCACGACGUUUGAGGGGCAAACAAGUGAAAACUGCUGUUUACUAAGUCAUUUUCGGAGCCAUGUCAGUGGGAGUUCUAGCUGGAAAAGUGGCACUGGUAACAGGAGCCGGUUCGGGUAUUGGUCGUGCCACCUGCCGCCUUUUGGCCAGAGAUGGUGCCAAAGUGAUCGUUGCCGACCGCAAUCUGAAGGCAGCCCAGGAAACCGUUCAGGAAUUGGGCUCUGAGCGAUCUGCCGCCCUGGAGGUGGACGUUUCCUCUGCCCAGAGUGUCCAAUCCUCGGUGGCCGAGGCUCUAAAGAAGUUCCAGCAGGCACCCACCAUUGUGGUCAAUUCUGCUGGAAUAACCCGAGAUGGUUAUCUGCUCAAGAUGCCCGAACGGGACUACGAUGACGUGUACGGGGUAAACCUGAAGGGCACCUUCCUGGUCACCCAGGCCUAUGCCAAGGCCAUGAUCGAGGAGAAGCUGGAGAACGGCAGCAUUGUGAACCUCUCAAGCAUCGUGGCCAAGAUGAACAACGUGGGCCAGGCCAACUAUGCAGCCACCAAGGCGGGAGUGAUCUCCUUCACGGAGGUGGCCUCCAAGGAGUUCGGCAAGUUUGGCAUUCGGGUCAACUGCAUCCUGCCGGGCUACAUAGACACGCCCAUGGUGGCGGUGGUGCCCGAUUCCGUGAAGCAGCAGGUGGUGCAGCGCUGCCCCUUGGGCCGAUUGGGUCAGCCGGAGGAGAUCGCCGAGGUGAUUGCCUUCUUGGCCUCACCGCAGUCGUCCUACGUCAAUGGAGCCGCCAUCGAGGUCACCGGGGGCCUCAAAUAAUCGGGGAAUAUGUGCAAUCCAAUGAAAGAUGGAUUCUAUACAUAUAUCUAUUGCAAGAGUGGGACCAGAUUAUUGCAUUUACAUGUCCAGUCAUUCGUUAAAGUUUUUUUCUUCUAAAUAUAUAAAUCAACUUAAACAUA